CCCGAGCGCCGGGCGGCAGAGUCGGCAUCACUUGAUGACUACACGCAAUGGCGGCUGUUAAUGUAACAUGGCUCUGCUUUUGUGUGACGCUAAUACGCGGAGUUAUUUCUUUGACUUUUCCAAUAAGUGAUGAUUAUUCGCGCAUGCUGGAGUUUACCGGAGUUCACUAGUCUCGUCCUGCUGGAAGUUGACUUUAUUUGUUCGAGCUCGUCUAUUCCGUGAGUGGCAUUAUGGCGCUGUCCCAGAUUCAGUGUCUGGACGACAACCACGUCAACUUGCGGACCAACGAGUCCAAGCCGGACUUCCUCUACGGCGAGGACCAGAGACUCGCAUUGGAGACUUUGCUCCAGGAGGGCCGGCAGUCCUUGGCCAAGUUCCUGCAGGACCGCCAAAUGCGGAGCUUCCUCUCGGACCUGGAGCUGGACGCUCUCACCGCGGCGCAGGAGCCCUAUAACCCGGGCGUGGACCUCUACCCGGAGGGCGCCGAGGAGGACGAGCCCCCGCUGUCGCUGCACUAUUGGCCGGACUUGUCGGACAUGUCCAUCCCGCAGAUGGACUUGGGCUGGCCGCAUUCAGAGGGCUACCGCGGGGUGACGCGCACCUACGUGCACACGCAGCCGCCGAUGGAGGGUGACACGCACAUCAAGGAGAUUGUCAGGAGAAUGAUCGCGCAGGCGCAGAAGGUCAUUGCAGUGGUCAUGGACCUCUUCACCGACGUUGACAUCUUUCAAGAUCUGAUUGAUGCUGGUUACAAGAGGAAGGUUUCUAUCUAUAUCCUGUUGGAAAGCACAACAUUACCUCAUUUCCUGUCCAUGUGCCAAAGGGCCAACAUGCACGCGGGACACCUCAAGCACCUUCGGGUACGAUGCACAGAGGGGUCAGAGUUCAACACUCGGUCAUGCUCCAAAGUCAAAGGUCGACUUGGCCACAGAUUCAUGUUCAUCGAUGGAGACAAAGCUGUGUCGGGGUCAUUCAGUUUCACCUGGAUGUCUUCACGACUGGACACAAAUCUUGUCACCGUGAUUACGGGACAGGCAGUGGAGGCCUUUGAUCAUCUUUUUCUCAACCUUUAUAUGAGCUCCAGAUUUGUAGAUCUUCGGCAAGUCACCACAAACCCUGAGCCGGAGGCUGACCCUCUCCCACAGCCAGUCACUGUAACCCUUCCUUCCACGACUAUUGCAAGGAAAUUGUACAACCCAAAGUAUGCCUUACUGGUCGGGGAAAAUGCAAGUCCCUCCCCCUCUGCCGUCCAAAACAGCCCCAAAGAGUCACAGACACCGGAUGUCCCAGAUACCAAGAAGAGGCGACGAGGAAAGGGGAGUCAAGAACCUGGAGAAGUAGAGGAGUUCAUCCAUCCGGGACUUAUUAAUUUAGAGAAGGCUUGCUUGAUCAACUACCUGCCUACCUGGCCAGAGCCGGACCCCCCAAAAGAUGUAAUUGGGUUUAUAAACAUCAUGGAUACAAGCAAACCGACUCAAGUGCAUCUGCAACGCUCUGAGAGGUUUGAAACCAGUCAAGCGAUCCGGUUCAGCAGUCCUUUCAGCAAUGACAUCCUGCCUGUGGUUGCAAAGCAAAGGGAGGCAUCUUUAAAAACUGAGGAGAAGACAAAUCCUGCAUCAUCACAAAAUAUAAUCAAAGCUGAACAGCCUGGAUAUGACACAGUACAAUUCAGGGAUCCCACCAGUACCAAAGCUGAGAAACUUCAAGUACUAUCAUCUGCAUUAACCAGACAAGAUGACGGUCAACCCACGAAACACACAGCCUCUCAAUUUAGCAACGUAGAACGCACUAAACAAACAAAUACUGACAGUUCUAAUACCGAAUACAGGGCACACGCGAUGGAAUCAAAUAAGACACAAGCCCCUCAAUUGAAAAGCUCUGUUGAUUUAAACUCAGGAACCAAACACCCGCAAACUAAGAAAGCAAUGCCGCUCAUGCAAACUGUUCAUACCCAGCAAGAUCGCACUUCUGAAAGUUUCACAUCUUUAUCUGUCAAUAAUCCCGCUCCCACAACUGAUGCCUCUUUGUCUGCAAAAAGCACCUCCUCGACACGCUCUGCUCUUACCUCCCGCUUUGAAACCGUCCAACACCUCUUAUCCUUAUCCUCAAGCUCAACUCCUACAACCCUGACACCUCACACUGCCCAUUCAGUUACCAAAGCUGGCGACACCAGCGAUGGCCCGGUAAUGUCAAACACUGGUACGUCUAAGAUGCCUGACAGCCUGACUACAACGAAAGCAGCCGGCCCCAAGUCCACUGGAGAACACAGGCAACGGACACCUGUAAUGCUAAAAAACAAUAAUAAAGAAACUGGAGUGCAAAAAUUUGACAGAAACAAAAAGGAUAAAGAAGCAGUAGGACUGCAUGAUGGCAAAAGAGGAACCCCAUGUGUCUCUGCGAACACAAAAAAAAGCCAAUCAGAGGCCACUUUUGCACCAACUAAAGACGGUACUUCUGAUGAGCUGAAUUCUGUAGAUGACGGAAGUGCAAAGCCACAGGCAGAUCAUGCAGCCACAGUAGAGACAAAGACCAGAGCAACAGCAAAACCGAUCACUCGUUCAAAGUCUGCAAACAUUGAGAAUGAAAAAAACGCUGACAAAAAAACUUACCAAGUAAGAGAGAACAAACCUCAAAGAAUAUCUUAUUCAGAAAAGCCUUCGCUGAGUAUGUGGGAGAGGAUUCAGGCACAGACACUUGAUACAUCCAGCAAAGAUGUCAAAUCCACAAAACUUCAUGAUAAUACAACACAUUCAAAAAAGAACGCCAGAGAAGCCUCCCAAGAUUCUGCAAAGAAAAAAGAACUCUCUCAUGCAGCCGAAAAAUCCCCAAACUUACAUUUGCCAGAUGUCCGAUCAUCAGAGAGAAAAUCGUGGUCAACACCAGACUCACCUGCUAAGACUCCAGACCUUCAAACCUCCACGUCAGAUAUGAGUGAUGGGUAUCUCUCAUCGAGAGAUGACUCCAAUCGGUCCACGACUUCUGAAGAGUAUCAGGAAUGUAGCGCCUCUCCAAACCAUGAAAGGAUGUUUGAAAAAGCAUUACACCAAAUCCCCGGUACAACAGAUACUCAUACCGAUAAAUCCCAAGCAAAUACUCCUAGUGUAGAUAACCCCAGUUUAUUGUUCAAAGACUAUAGCUCUGUGGUUGCUUUGUUUGGCACCAAAGACAAGCAUGUACCGAAAAAUGAAACUCAGGCCCUUGAUAAGAAAGUGAAAAAAUUGGACAAGGAGGAAGUGAGAAAUAAAGACAGUGGUAUUCAAAAAAUGGAUGAAAAGGGAAGGACAUUUAGGUCUGAACGAGAUUCCAAAGGGAAGGACAGGAGGAAUGGUGAGGAGUCAAAGACAACUGGUUCACCGAAGACCGCUGAAAAAGCAAAGGAGACCCAAGCUCAAACUCCUAUAAGAAAGCGGGCGUUGAAUAUGUCGGCAACAGGGACACCAGUGCACAAGGACAAGAACUCAGAAGUCAAAACUGAGAAGGCAGGACCCAGCAAUGUGCAGAACAGAGAUGGCUUAGCCAGACAGGUUGAUGGUCAGAAGCAGCCUAAAGCAACAGCCAAGCCCUCUCGUCUUGUCUCAACUCCGGUGGCCCAAGAAGAAAAGAAAGUCUCCCACAGCUCUUCACAGGUCUUUGACUAUUUAUCGUCUUUCCAUAAAGCCUCUUCGGAACAACCGCCUUCAUAAGCAGCUCAACGCGAGAAGAUUCACCGGUAGAGCCGGACAGUUGCGUCAUGCACAUGCGGCAGGAAAAGCCUAAACUUGCCUAAAUUCCCAACGUACCAAAAAUGCUAUUUACUGCAUGGGAAAACAGACAUGACGGAAGUUUAAUUUUUCGUCAUCAUUGACUGGUUGGACAACAAAAAACGCUUGAAGUACAAGACAAGCCAGUUGCCAGCGCCUCAGAACAAGAGUUCUGCAAUGAGUGUGAAUUCUACUUUCACACCACAACUAGCUCAAGGCCCAGAUCCCUAAAGACGAUGAAACUGAAUACAGUGUCAUGUGCACUCCACCCUUCUACCUCCGUUUGACCACUUAGGAGGAGUUCAGUAAAGAGAUGAACCUGCUUACGUGUGGCUGGUCACAUGCUCAGACUGUCUGACAGGUUAAGCUAGACAGUUGCGGAACAAGAUGACACACCUAAGAGUCACUUCAGGUUGUACCAGACCCAAGGUCUUGUACUGAACACCAUUUUCACAAGGACAUUUAGUUGCCUUCUUGCUUCAUGCUAGGCAACACCCUCUCCGGAGGUCUGGGAGCUUCUUCAAGUGCCCAAAUAUGAUAUUUGUGAUGUCAAAUCAAUCCUGUAGAAGUUGGGAUUGGAUUUAUUUAGAGGUUUGGUUUAGAUACUUAGAAUAUACCUCUUCAUCAAUGUAUUCAACCGCAAUGCCCAAUUCAGUUGUUUGGUCGAUCCUUUAUAUAGUCGUUCACAUUACAAAAAAAAAUAUUUUUAACGUGAGUGGAAUGGGUUUGAAUGGGAUAAUGACUAUGUUCACACAGCAGGGUAAAAUGUCCAAUUUUAAUUUUUUUUGUUAAAUCCGAUCUCUUUAUUCAGUCGUUGAAAAAUGCAAUGUCUAAUGUGAACAUGACGUCAUGGCUUCACAUUUGCUGCAGUGUUUGUAAACAUAGCUUCAAUUCCAGUAGGUCUCAGUCCUGGCGUAUUUGUGGCAAUGUUAUGUUGUGCAAUCAAAGUCAACAUUUUCUUAACUGAAUUAUUGGGCAUAGAAGAUUAAGAAGAAAAAGGCCCAACAUUUUGGCCGCAGUUUGUGGGGCAUUUCAAGGUCUGUUCCGAAGAGCGUGUGGGCGAACAUUGACGUGAGUUCCCAAAACAUGUUAUUUUCACAUGUUUUCUACUUAUUUGUCAGCUACUUAUUUUGCAACCGACUAUUUUGGCAAAUAAUUAUGACGAGUAUUGCUAUUUGAUCAUAAAUUGGUUGGGUGACUGCAGACUGCAGUCGCGAUUGAUAUAUAUCUGAUUUAUAUCCACAUAUGAAAAAAGCCUGGUUCGGAUUUGAAAAAGUCUGAAUUGCACUGUGUCCAUUGACAUGAAAAACUCAGAUAAAGGUCACAAAUGGGCAACAAAAUCCGGAAUUGAACAUUUUCUUAACCAAAUUAUUUUGCAUAGUAGAUUAAGAAGGAAGAGGGAAAGAAUGUUGGCUCUCUGUAGGGCAUUUGCUUCGAUAUCUGUUCAGAUGAUCAUGUGGGUGAGGAGUCGGAGCCAGGAGUGGUGGGACAUUGACGUGAAUUUUAAAACAUCUUCUUUGCAACUGUUAUCUGCUCGUUUGUCGCUUUUUUGAUGACGCAUGAGUCAGAUGGACGCGAAGCAAAGCGUUCAGACUGCAGUCACAUGGGGCGCAUAUCGGAUUUAUCACCACAUACGCAAGUGGGUCGGAGUUGAAAAAAAUCAUAACUGUACUGUUCACAUUGACAUGAAAAAAACAAAUCUGAAAUGGGGGAAAACAAAUCGGAAUGACCUGUAAUGCACGUGUUUGCUUGGCAUUCACCUUGGCAUUUUUAAUCAGCAGACCAAAAGUUGCCAAUCAAAAAGCCUAUGCAAAACGCUACAGACCGACUGGAUCAUAUUUCCGUGAUUAAAUCAAGCAUUUUUUAAAUUUGAAUGACACGGUGUACACCAGUACGUGUUUUAAAAACAUUGCUGUCAGCUGAUUAUUUUGUUCAAUCAGAUUACACUUACACAAAUUUAACUUUUUAAAAAAGCCCCCAAUAUUUUGACAAAAAAUACAAUUUUAUUGUCAGAAUGUCGUACAGGAAAAUUUUUGUAAAUGUUUUACUUGAAUACACGUCAUUUGCUAAUAGUUAUAUCUGAAGUACUGUGGGGGUGUAUUUUGAAAUUGUCCAUAGAGCACACCAGACUGAUAUGCAUUGACCUGACAACUGACUGUAAAGCAACAUUUUCAAGUAACUGCCCGCGGUUAAGGUAAUGUAUAUGCAUCCAUCCAUCCAUUUUCUACCGCUUAUUCCCUUCGGGGUCGCGGGGGUGCUGGAGCCUAUCUCAGCUACAAUCGGGCUGAAGGCGGGGUACACCCUGGACAAGUCGCCACCUCAUCGCAGGGCCAACACAGAUAGACAGACAACAUUCACACUCACAUUCAAACACUAGGGCCAAUUUAGUGUUGCCAAUCAACCUAUCCCUGGGUGCAUGCAUAUGUAGUCAAAAUAAACUGCAUGAUUCAUCUGUGUUUACACAUGAUUAUUGCGAUAAUGUUUUGUGAUUGAUCGCAACUAUGACAGCCCUCGUUUUAACCAAAGCAAACAACAAGUGAGAACAUGUUAACAGCUCAUCUCACAGUUACAAUUUUACAACUCAUAAUAAGAAAAUGUAUUGGUCGAAAUGAUUACAUCAACCAGUGUCCAUAAACAAAUCUGAUAUUGGCCAUAAUAUAACCACUACAAUCAUGGGAAACUAAUUCAGGUGACUCCCAGCAGCCCUUGCGUGUGUAUUUGGACAUCUUAGUGUUUAUCAGCAUUUAAAUUAAUUUGUUGCAAAGAAAGCGUGAGAUUAUGUGACAAUUAUGAUACAAUGUAAAUAUGUAGUUAUGUUAACAUUUGCUAGCUGCUUCAUAAAGGGUUUUUUUUUCUAGAAGAAUAUGUUUUAGUACAGCUGUACAAAAAACAAGGUGGUUUGUUAUUCACAUUCCCUUUAAAGAAUACCACAAUGUGAAUGGGAAUUUUGAGAAAAUGUCUACUAGAUAUGAACGUGGUCAUGGCUACAAUAUCAAAACUUUUGUUGUGGUGUUGUCCCCAAGUAGGGAUGGGUACGUUCACAUUUGAACCGAUAUGGUACCAAUUUCUGAUACCUGGGAACUCGACGAUACCAAUUUUCAGUACAUUUGUGUGUUAUUAAAAUAUAUAUAUUUUUGAUGAUUAAUUAAAAUUUUCAUUGCAAAAUUUUAAAAUGAGAUGAUUAUGAUAACUCUUUCUGAGUCUCAUUUAAAGUUGCAAGUCCAACACGUUGGAUGGCAGUAGUGUAUAGUUUAUGGUAUGUUGGCUAGUCAGUUCAGUCUUUGCUGUUGAGUCUUUUGUUGUGCCCUAAAAAGUGUUAAUACUCUAAGUAUUGUACUUUUUGCAAACCAGCUGUUUUUUUUGUAACACGCAUCUUAGUUGUAGUUUUCAUUAACACAUUUGGAGGUGUUGAAAUCGCCAUGUAAAAUCACUAAUGCUAAUCAGUAGCAUGACAAUAGUAAAGCCAAUGUAUAUUAACAUCAAGCUAACGCAUUUUAUGAAAAGUGGAGCCAUACUUAACUAAAUGUUGGAGCGUUUUUUGAGUCAAUGUCUUUUUUGCCAUUGAAAAUUGCAACAUUACCUAAAGGUAGUUUUUCUCAGUCCGAUCUCAGUGCUGCUGGAGUGAUUGCCAAGUGCAGAAGUGCAAAGAGUAGACAACUCAGGUUCCGUAACAUAGCACCGUUGGAUUGAAUGUGACUUUGUACUUGUUGGACCGGCGGGAUUUGGUCGGUGCCAAAAAAGCACUGGAUUUGGUACAGAUCCUUAUCAUUAUGUUACGCUUAUCUACGUCUCUCAUUAGAUCCAUAUACACACAGACCAUAUGUGACAUUAGUAACAGUUACAGAUCUCAAUCAAGUAGUUCUGUUUUUUUAUUUUUUUUUAAGAAUUUAUUUAUUGUUCAGAAGUAAAUAUUUAAAUGGAUAACAUCCUCACAGGUAUAAACAGUUACAUUGUAUUUGUACAAAUUUGGCAAUAGGGCUCUCUUCCAUUUGACAUUCAUUGUGCAUUUUAUAUUCAAAGUAUAUUUAAGUAGGGUCUUGUUUACAGAAUGUUCUGUUACUCUAUUAUUGCUGAAAUAUAUUGUUAUUGACAUGAUGUACAGUAAGUCAUUCAAAAAUAAAAGUUGCCAAUGUUUUUUCGUCCUUUGUACAAAAAGUUUAUUUAUAUUCAGAAUGUUCUUGACAGAAACGUCAAGCAGAUUGUAAAGACACAUGUUCUCCAGAUAAAAAAGAAGGAGCAUUUAAAGCUGUUCUAGUUUGGAAAGUGGGAAUAUGCACAGCCUCUGUUUGCAGGACAAAUAAACCUAUUGAAGACCUCAAUGACUCUUUAAUGA